AUGUUGUGUUGGGGCAAUGCCUCCUACGGCCAGCUCGGUUUGGGAGGCAUUGAUGAAGAGAUAGUGGUGGAGCCAAGGAAAUGUGACUUCUUCCACGGGAAGCGAGUGCGCGAUGUAGGCUGCGGACGCAAGCACACAGCCUUUGUGCUGGACGAUGGAACAGUAUACACGUGUGGCUGUAAUGAUCUAGGUCAACUGGGCCAUGAGAAGUCCCGGAAGAAACCAGAGCAGGUUGUGGCUCUGGAUGCUCAGAUCAUUGUAGCGGUGUCUUGCGGAGAGUCACAUACGCUUGCCUUGAAUGACAGCGGACAGGUUUUCUCAUGGGGCCUAGGCUCAGAUGGGCAGUUGGGCUUAAACAACUUUGAAGAAUGUUUUCGUGUGCCUAGAAACAUCAAGACUUUGACUGAUGUUCAAAUCACUCAGGUAGCCUGUGGGUACUGGCACUCACUCGCACUUUCAAAAGGGAGCCAAGUUUUCUCCUGGGGUCAGAAUCGAUACGGACAACUCGGGCUCGGAGUAAAUGGACAAAGCAUUUCCACACCCCAAAUUGUCCAGUCUUUGCAGGGCAUUCCUUUUGCUCAAAUAGCAGCAGGAGGAGCUCACAGCUUUGCCCUCACUCUCUCGGGAGCGGUGUUCGGUUGGGGUCGGAACAAGUUCGGUCAGCUGGGUCUCAAUGACAGCAAUGACCGAUCUUUUCCAGCCCUGCUGAAGUCGCUCAGAUCGCAGAGAGUGAUUUUUGUCUCCUGUGGAGAAGAUCACACAGCAGCCCUGACAAAGGAAGGGGGCGUCUUUACAUUCGGAGCGGGAGGAUAUGGUCAGCUAGGGCAUAGCUCUACAAAUCAAGAAAUCAACCCAAGGAAAGUGUUUGAACUCAUGGGAAACAUUGUGACGCAAAUUGCAUGUGGAAGACAGCACACGCUAGCUUUCACACCCUCGUGCGGAAAGAUGGACUCAUUCGGUCUGGGCGGGAACGGGCAACUUGGGACGCGCUCUAGCUGCAACAGAAAAAGCCCAGGUCCCGUGAAGGGUCCCUGGAUACUACAUCAAGGAGACUGUUGUAUCAAGAGGAUUUAUGCAGGAGGAGAUCAAAGCUUUGCUCAUUAUUGUACUGCAAAUAGUCUACAAAACGCUGAUAAUAUGGCGACACCCGAAAGUCCGCGAAGAGUUUGUACCUUGAAUGAGGAAACUGUACAAAAAUGGCUGAAUCACACACCGGGAAGACUGCCGCUAGAAAUCUCCAGUGAGAUUGAUUUGGUGUUCUCAACUGCAAGCUGCCUAAAUGGAUCCUUUUUGUCUAUGAGUCAUCCAGAUCACUACACUACCAGCAGUAAAUGUUCAGGGACAGAUAUGAACAUGGCCCGUCUCUUAUUUCACAGACUGAUUACACCGGACUACCCUGAGAUUUCCCAACAGAUUGCUGCAAGUUUGGAGAAGAAUCUCAUUCCCAGACUAAGCAACUCCCCUCCAGACAUAGAAGCACUGAGACUCUACCUCACUCUUCCAGAAUGUCCUCUUUUCAGUGAUCCCAAUAAUUUUGUGACUAUCGCCAUCCCGUUUGCCAAAUCACUCCUCAGUCUCAAAGAAGCUGCACUUAAAGUGCUAGGAAACUGGUGGUCCACAUUAGAGCACCAAGUCUUCCAGCGGCUGGUGGAGUUGUACAAAGAAGUGGUGGUGUACCUGCUCCAGAUGCACAAGGUGGGAAUUCCGUCAACAGAGCAAAGAAUUUUCACCUGUUUUCUGGACACGUCACUCCGAUUGUUGGAGAUCCUCCACAUGGUGAAUGAGAGAGCUGGUCACAUCAUCCAAUAUGACAAAUUCUACAUACAUGAGUUGGAUGACUUGAUAGACAUCAGAAAUGACUACAUCACAUGGAUUCAGAGACAAAUGUACCCAGUGGGUCAUGACGGCGUGGUGACUAUGUGCAGGUAUCCCUUUGUGUUCGAUGCCCCGGCAAAGACUACUCUGCUACAGACCGAUGCUGUCCUACAAAUGCAGAUGGCUGUAGAUCAGGCUCAAAUGCAAAAUUUGAGUUCCAUGUUCUUGCCUGCUGUGGAAUCCGUAAACCCCUGCCUCAUCCUCAUUGUACGGAGAGAAAAUAUCGUUGGAGACACCAUGGAAGUUCUCAGGAAGUCCAAAAAUGUUGACUACAAGAAACCACUCAAGGUUAUCUUUGUGGGAGAAGAGGCCGUGGAUGCAGGUGGUGUGAGAAAGGAAUUCUUUCUCCUGAUUAUGAAAGAGCUACUAGAUCCAAAGUACGGGAUGUUCCGUUACCACGAGGACUCCAGGCUACUAUGGUUUUCCAGCAAGACUUUUGAGGACAUCGAUUUGUUUAACCUCAUCGGAGUCAUAUGCGGCCUGGCCAUUUACAACCUCACCAUUGUGGAGCUCAACUUUCCAGUGGCUCUGUAUAAGAAGCUUCUGAAGAGGAAUCCCACGUUAGAUGAUCUGAAGGAGCUCAUGCCAGAUGUGGGAAGGAGUCUUCAAUUGUUAUUGGACUACCAUGAAGAUGAUCUUGAGGAAACCUUCUGCUUAAACUUCACCAUCACGGAGGAAAACUAUGGCGCCACAGAAGUGUUGGAACUCAUACCCAACGGUGAAAACAUCACUGUCAAUAAAUCCAACAGGCAAGACUUUGUCAACGCAUACGUCGACUACACGUUCAACACCUCGGUCGCCCCACUCUUCGAGUGCUUUUAUGCAGGCUUCCACAAGGUUUGCGGAGGCAAAGUUCUGGAGUUGUUCCAGCCCAACGAACUGCAAGCCAUGGUGAUCGGCAACACAAACUACGACUGGACCGAACUUGAAAAGAGCACUGAAUAUAAAGGAGAGUACUGGGCAGACCAUCCUACCAUCAAGCUCUUCUGGGAAGUGUUCCACAACCUUCCUUUAGAGAAGAAGAAAGAGUUCCUCUUGUUCCUCACAGGAAGUGACCGCAUACCCAUCUUGGGCAUGAAAAGCCUUAAACUUGUGAUCCAACCAACCAGCGGAGGUGAACAUUACUUGCCCGUGGCCCACACGUGCUUCAACCUCUUGGACCUGCCCAAAUACACCAAUGCGCCAACGCUGCGCGAGAAGCUUCUUCAAGCGAUAGAUCAUAAUCAAGGCUUCAAUCUAGCAUGA